AAGUCUGCAAUCUGCAUUCCGCAAAUAAUCAAUCAAAAAUCAGCUUGUGGUCGGGAUUUCACGCUGAAACUUUUAAACAAAUUAAAUACUAUAGUAAUUAAGAAUGGAAAGCGAAUAUAAACUGUCACACAAAACUAAAAAACGCAUAAAGGAAGUAAAAAGGAAAGCCCGACCAGAAUUAGCUGAUAAGCACCAAUGGACAGCUUUAAAAUAUGCAUCAAAUUUUGAAGAAUUCCUAAAAUGUAAAGAUAAUGUAGAUAGAAUAGAUGCCAAUAUAGUCCCACCUGAGGAAUUCAUAGAGAAAUAUGAGAAAAUUUAUAAACCUGUAGUCAUAACAAAUGUGCAGACCAACUGGCGUGCUAAUCACAAAUGGACGCUUGAACGACUUGCCAAAAAGUAUAGAAACCAAAAAUUUAAAUGCGGCGAGGACAAUGAGGGUUAUAGCGUUAAGAUGAAAAUGAAGUAUUAUGUAGAGUAUAUGAGGACAACGACUGAUGAUAGUCCACUUUAUAUUUUUGAUAGUAGUUUUGGUGAACAUCCGAGGCGAAAGAAGCUUUUGGACGACUAUGACAUACCUAAAUAUUUUAGGGAUGAUUUGUUUAAGUAUUGUGGUGAGGAAAGGAGACCACCAUAUCGUUGGUUCGUAAUGGGACCCCAGAGGUCUGGAACUGGCAUUCACAUAGAUCCCCUAGGCACCAGCGCUUGGAAUGCUCUAGUGUUUGGUCAUAAACGAUGGUGCUUAUUCCCGACCCAAACUCCUAGAGAACUGAUAAAAGUGACUGGAGCAAUGGGUGGGAAACAGAGAGAUGAAGCUAUUACUUGGUUCAAACUUAUUUAUCCUAAAACUCAACUGGAUACUUGGCCAAAGGAGUAUGAACCAGUUGAAAUACUGCAAAAGCCUGGUGAGACUGUAUUUGUUCCUGGAGGUUGGUGGCAUGUUGUACUAAAUAUGGACGACACUGUGGCUGUAACGCAAAACUUCUCCAGUCGGACAAACUUUCCCAUUGUGUGGCACAAGACUGUGAGAGGACGUCCCAAGUUAUCAAAGAAAUGGCUAAAAAUGUUAGAAGCUAAGGAGCCAGAAUUAUACAAAGUCGCAAGCAGUGUCGAUAUUAGCCAGGGCACAGGAGUGGCCUCAGAUAGUUCUUCAAACAGUAGUUCCUCCAGCAGUGACAGUGACAGCUCCUCAUCAAGCAGCUCUAGUGAAGAUGACAGUGGACAAGAAAGUAUUACUGCUUCUAAAAAGAAGAGACGAAGGAAAGUGUAAGGGGCAUUAGAAUUAAAUAAUUUUUUAUCAACUGCACCAACUGAAAAAUUCUAAAGAGUAUACAAUUUAUAGUGUAAGCUGGACCUUUUGUAUUACUAGAUGUAAUUAUUUAAUUUUGUUUGUUUGUUUUCUAAAGAGUGUUCUUGUUACACAAAACAUCAAGUAUAAUGAAUAAAGUUUAGUAUUUACAAA